UCUGAUCCUUCCUGGCCCUUCCUGAUCCCUCCUGAUCUCCCCCACCCCGGUCCUUCCCGAUCCCACCCAGCUCUUCCUGAUCCCUCCUGAUCCCUCUUGGUCCUUCUAGAUCCCUCCUGAUCCCCCCCAAUCCUUUCUGCUCCCUCCUGAUCCCUCCUGCUCUUUCCCAAUCCCAUCCCCUUCUCCCCCUCCUUCCCUCCCCCUAUGGAGGUCUGGGAUUUGGCCUUUCCCGGGAGUGGGGGGCUGAGGCGGAGCCCAUCCCCCAGAGAACCACACUGGGAUGCCUUCCUCGGCCUCCUUCCCAAUGGCCAGUCCCUCCCUUCCCCUUCUUCAUCUCCUCCUCCUCAGGGCAGGGGGACCCUCACGGGUAUUUUCCCAAACACUUAUACGGGGCUCUCAACAUGGUCAGUGCUCAGUGAAGUCCACUGCUUGAUUUCCCCCCUCGUUAAUCGACCAGUCAGUGGCAUUCAUUGAAUGCUUUCUGGAUGCAGAGCAUUGCACCGAGUGCCUAGGAGAGGACGCAGUCCAUGGCCCGAUGGUGCCCGUUGGAAGUUCGCCGCACAGGGUCGUUGCGCACCUGGAUAUGGAUUGCUUUUAUGCACAAGUAGAAAUGAUCUAUAAUCCAGAACUAAAAGGCAAACCUUUAGGUGUUCAGCAGAAAUAUUUGGUUGUAACCUGUAACUAUGAUGCUAGAAAACUUGGGGUUAAGAAACUCAUGUCUAUCAGAGAUGCUAAAGAAAAGUGCCCCCAACUGGUUCUAGUUAAUGGAGAAGACCUGACUCGUUAUAGAGAGAUGUCUUACAAGGUUACAGAAUUAUUGGAAGAAUUUAGUCCUGUCGUUGAAAGACUUGGAUUUGAUGAAAAUUUUGUGGAUAUCACAGAGUUGGUGGAAAAGAGAAUGCAACAAUUGCCGAGUAAUGACUGGUCUACAGUCUCUGUGGUUGGCCAUGUGUAUAAUAAUCAAUCUGUGAACCCGAACGACAUCUUGCACGUCAGACUCCUCAUCGGUUCUCAGAUCGCAGCAGAGAUGAGGGAGGCCAUUCAUAGCCGGCUGGGCCUCACGGGCUGUGCGGGAGUGGCCUCUAAUAAACUUCUGUCAAAAUUAGUGUCUGGCACAUUUAAACCCAAUCAGCAAACGGUCCUUAUGCCUGAGAGUUGUCAAGAUCUCAUUAGCAGUCUGGACCACAUAAAGCAAAUGCCAGGUAUUGGCUUUAAAACAACCAAGCGCCUGGAGUCAUUGGGUGUCAGUAGUGUGCAUGAUCUUCAGACUUUUUCACCUGAUGUACUAGAGAAGGAAUUAGGAAUUUCAGUUGCACAACGAAUCCAGAAACUCAGCUUUGGAGAAGAUAACUCCCCAGUGACCCCAUCUGGACCACCUCAGUCCUUUAGUGAAGAAGAUUCCAUCAGAAAGUGCUCUACAGAAGAGGAUGCUAAAAAAAAAAUUGAAGAACUACUAGCCAAUCUCCUGGAGAGAGUUUACAAAGAUGGAAGGAAACCUCAUACAAUAAGAUUAACCAUCCGUCGAUUUUCAGCAGAGAAAUCUUUUAAUCGGGAGAGUCGGCAGUGUCCUAUCCCAUCUCAUGUAAUUCAGAAGUUAGGAACAGGAAGUUAUGAUGUUAUGACUCCGAUGAUUAAUAUACUUAUGAAACUGUUUCGAAAUAUGGUAAAUGUGAAGGUGCCAUUUCACCUUACGCUUUUGAGCGUGUGCUUCUCCAACCUUAAAGCACUGCCGACUUCUAAGAAGGGAACUAUUGAAUUUUAUUUAACACCGUCAUCGUCUUCAACUUCACACUCUGGUAAAAAAACACAUAAAAUUAAAGACACUCAUUUGGAAGAUCUCUCACAAGACAAGGAUGUCAGCUGGGAUUUUCUACCUACCGGAAGAAUAGAAAGCACAAAAACCGGAGAAUCUCCAUUAGACCCCACAAAUUAUCCAAAAGAAAAAGAAUUUUCUCUGCAGUCCCUCCCUGCGGGCAUUGACCAUGAAGUAUUUAGCCAGCUUCCAUUAGAUAUUCAAGAAGAACUUAUCUCUGGGAAACCUGGGGAAAAACUCCAUGGAAAGAGAACUCCAAGUUAUCCUUUGAGGGCCUCUAAAGGAGUACUAUCUUUCUUUCCUCAAAAAGACAGGCAGGACCAUGACUCAAAUCCCAGGGAGCAAAACCCAACAUCUGCAGCAAGCAGCAAACAUUCAGAUUCUUUAGCUACAAAUGAGCCAGGGACAUCAGGUUUAAGUCGUCCUGGCUCAGCAUAUCUCUUCAAUCUAAAAGAUCCUUCUUCCUAUCUGGAAAGCGUUUCAAGAGACGGAGGUGUGAGCCAGUGUCCGAAGGAACCCCAAGCCUUCCACCUUUCAGACACAAGCCCUGCUGUAUCUAAUGUCCAUUCUGUUCCAGACUUGCAAAGUCGACAACUUUUUUCCACCGAACAAAUGGCAGCUGACCAGAAGUGGCCCACAGGAACACUUUCUCAGCAUCAAGGUGCUGUGAAAAACCAAAAGCAGGACUCUGCAGAGGAGGAAAUUACUUUUCCUUCUGACAUUGACCCCACCGUUUUCUUUGAACUGCCAAAAGAAGUACAAAACGAACUCCUGGCUGAAUGGAAGAGAGCAGAAUCAUCUUUUCAAAUUGAACACGAAUAAGCAGGAUGAAAAAUAAAAUACCCAUCUACGUCAGUUUUAGUAGUCAGUUAACGGUGGUUAAAUUAAACUUGGACAUUAGCGACUCAAUACUGCAAAAAAUUUGGCUAACAGGACACAUUCAAGGUAAUGUGUGAAGAGAAGUAAUUUUCACAUAAAGCAUGUGCCUCCAUUUCAAAAGUCGUAAUUCAGAUGUUAUCUUCAACUUUCAAGUUGUCAUAUAUAUGAUUUUCAAUAAAAAUAUUAUGAAUA